UCCUGUCCCUACAGCCCCCCUGGCAACGCCAUGGGGGGGCUGGUCUACGCCAACUACGGGCGCCAGGAGGAUUUCGACGUCCUGGAACAGCAGGGAGUGAACCCCCGGGGCCACCUCGUCAUCAUCAGGGUAGGAGAGAUCAGCUACGCGGAGAAGGUGGCGAACGCAGACGCUGCCCAGGCCCGGGGGGUGCUGAUCUACCCUGACCCCUGGGACAUCCCCCAGGAUCCGCGGAAAGCGGGGCUGUCCCAGAACCGGGCGGUUUAUGGACACGUUCACAUGGGGACCGGCGACCCCUACACCCCCGGCUUCCCCUCCUUCAACCACACCCAGUUCCCCCCAAUCCAGUCCUCGGGGCUGCCCCGCAUCCCGGCCCACCCCAUCAGCGCCAGCACGGCUGCCCGCCUCCUCAGUAAGCUGACAGGGCUGGCCGCCCCACGGGACUGGAAAGGCCGCCUGGCAGAUGUCCCGUAUCACCUUGGGCCCGGGGACCCAGGCGUCCGGGUGCAUCUCCAGGUGAACAACAUGAAGACUCCGACCAUGAUCAGUAACGUCUUCGGCUGCAUUGAGGGGCGAUUUGAACCGGAUCACUAUGUGAUCAUCGGUGCUCAGCGGGACUCUCUGGGCCCGGGGGCGGCCAGCUCGGGCGUGGGCACGGCCCUGCUGCUCGAGUUAGCCUGGACCUUCUCUGCCAUGGUGCGCAACGGCUUCCAGCUCCGCCGCACCCUGCUCUUCGCUAGCUGGGACGCGGAAGACUUUGGCCGGGUCGGCUCCACCGAAUGGCUAGAGGUAACCCGGACGCCUGGGUCCCCGCUGCGGGGCUGUGCGGGGGGAGGGGGUUCUACCUACAGGGGCCCACCAGUCCCUGUCCCCUCCCCCAGCCAAGAGCGCGUUGACAGUCCGAACCGCAGCGGCCAGACCCUCUACGAGCAGGUGACGUUCCCGGAUCGGCGCUGGGCCAGCGAGGUGAUCCGGCCCCUCUCCAUGGACAGCAGCGCCUACCCCUUCACUGCCUUCGCGGGGGUCCCGGCCGUGGAGUUCUCCUUCGUCGAGGACGCCCGCCCCUACCCGUUCCUGCACACCCAGGACGAUACCUACGAGAACCUGAACGGGAUGCUCUUCGGCCGGCUGCCGGCCGUGGCCAAGUCGGUGGCCGAGAUCGUGGGGCAGCUGCUGAUCCGCCUGACCCAUGACCACCUGGUGCCGCUGGACUUCGGUGCCUACGGAGACGUCCUGCUGCACCGGAUUGCGGAGCUCAACCCCUACAGCAGCGAGCUCAAGAGCCGCGGCCUGACCCUGCAGUGGCUGUACUCGGCCCGGGGCGACUACACGCGGGCGGCCGAGAAGCUGCGCCAGGACAUCUACAGCUCGGAGGAGAAGAACGAACGGCUCAACCGCAUGCACAACGUCCGCAUCAUGAGGGUGGAGUUCUACUUCCUGUCCCCCUACGCAGCGGCUACGGAGACCCCCUUCCGGCACGUGCUGCUCGGGCAGGGGCCCCACACGCUGCAGGCGCUGCUGGAGCACCUGCGGCUGCUGCGGGAGGCCCCCGAGCGCUUUGACGAGGGGCGGUUCCGGCGCCAGCUGGCCCUGGCCACCUGGACUCUGCAGGGGGCGGCCAACGCCCUGAGCGGGGAGGUCUGGGACGUCGACAUCAACUUCUGAGCCCCCCGCCCCAGCGCCCCACUCCCCUGGGUGCCCCCGAUGGCUUCCCUCCCCCCAUCCCCCGGAUCACCCCGUCCAGCCUCCCUCCGGGGCCUCACCCCACUGACCCCCCAAAUAUCCCCCCUGUGCAGCCCUCCCCCCAAAUCUCUGCCCCCCCUCUCCUGCAUCCCCCUUCCUUGUCUCCAUCUCCCCACCCAGAGGGACCCUGUGUUUCUCCUAGGCCCCCAGACAAGCACCCAAGGGGCACCCCUUUCCCUGCCCCCCCAGCCCCGCUGCCCCCCCCAUUAAUUUAUCAGUGGCAGCGCCCACUAUAAAUGGUUUCGUUUAUUGCUAGGCGAUAGAUUUAAUUUAACCCUUUGUCGGAAGCACCAGCUUCUAUAGCCCCACCCCCCGUGACCAAUGGACAGGCAGCAUCACCGGGAACCAAUCACAGGCCGGCUCCCCAACACGGUCCCGCCCCACCCCCAGUACCCCCAAAAAAUCCAUCACCAGCUGCAGCCUCGGGCACCAGGACUCCUGGGUUUUCUCCCCGGCUCUGGGUGGGGAGCGGGGGCUGGUGGGUUAGAGCAGGGAGGGCUGGGAGCCAGGACUCCUGGGUUCUCUCCCCGGCUCUGGGUGGGGAGCGGGGGCUGGUGGUUAGAGCAGGGGGGGCUGGGAGCCUGGACGCCUGGGUUCCUUCUCUACCUCGUCUAUCUCUGCACCUUAUUUCCCCCUGCCCUAAUGUGGGGGGGGUCCCCUCGGGCCAGGGCCAGCUGGGCAGGUUCCCCCCCCCAGAGCCUGAAAGCUCAAUAAAAAUGGAUGCUGCAA